AUGUUCACGCUCUCAAGUAUUUUGUCUGCCUUUCAUCCUUUGAGAUAUUUUGUCUCCUGCAAAAACCUCUCUGUUUUCUUUUUACAGGUAAAUUAGAAUAAUAUUCUUCUCAUAAUGUGUUUUCCGUAUUAUCUUUUUAGAUGCAAAAAUGAGACAAUUAUCUGCGUGUAUUUCUUUCCUUUAUAGGGAGAGAGAGAGAGAAGAAACACAGUCUCCAGGAGGCAGGAGUGGUUUAAACCAGGAAGGCUAUAUGUAAAGAGGAAUCACAUCUUCAGUGUCUCAGACAAAGACCAGAGCGGGGACAGAGUUACAGCAGGAUCUACGCCAUCCAGAAUCAAACAACAUAGAAUAGUUAUUCUUUGCGGUAGGAAAAUAUAACAUGUCCCUGUUGUGCUCAGAGUGCCAUUGCGAUUAUGUGAACAAAAUGGCACACUACUCACUAAAGAUAAGUGAAUCUGUUGAUUUCAGUUUCUUCUUGUUUAGUUCUCCACAUUUCAACAUCAGUUUGCAUUAUAUUAAAAAAAUCCUUUUGAAAUUUCAUCAGCAUUUGAGCGUGAAUUUCUCUGAAUAUAAACAUUUUAGUAGACUAGGGUCGCUAUAUUUCAAAAAGUGAAAAUAUGGGCAGUUGAACUUUUUGUUUUGUUUUUAUUGCCCAAAAUUGUUGAGCUUUCUUCCUGAAAUCUCAAAGAAAAAAGAAAAAAGAGUUGUUGAGCUAUUUUUCAUGAAAUUUGCUAAAAUCUACACUACCGACGUGGGCUGCCAUUUGUCCGGAUUUUCCUGGACAUCUCAGGGAUUUCUGCCUGGGCACCGUUUACAAGGACUGAAUACCAGCUAUGUCGGGAAAAUUUUGGUAUACAAUUUUGACUAAUAUAUUAUUAUUAUUAUUGCAAAAUGUGAUAUAAUGCAUUUUUUAAAGGGGUGGGAGUCAAGGGAGGAGAAGGGAUAGUGAAUUACCCAAGUGCAGGAACUAAAACCAGGGUUUGCCCCUCUUAAGUCUUGAAUCUUUGAGCGGAGGUGCAAGUGCAGUGGAGCCAAAUAAGUGGGCAGGAGAGAAAUGGUAAUAGUCAAAGGCCCAGCUGGUCCAUCAUCCUCUUUCUCACAACCCCAAUGAGAUGCCCACAAGCAGGACCUAUAUGCAACAGUCCUCUCCUGCUGUUGUCUUCCAGUAAUUGAUAUUCAAAGAUAUGUUGCCUCUGAUCCUGGAAGCAUUUGAUUGAUUGAUUGAUUGAUUGAUUGAUUGAUUGAUUGAUUGAUUUUAUAUACCACCUCUAUCUUCCAAGGAGCUCAAGGUGGUGUACAUGGUUCUCCUCCUCCUCAUUGCAUCUCCACCCAGACCCUGUGAGGUAGGUUAGGCUAAGAGAUCGUGACUGGCUCAAAGUCACCCAGAGACCUUCGGAGCUGAGUGGGGAUUCAAACCUUGGUCUCCCAGGUCAAAGUCCAACACUCUAUAUCCAUUACAAGCCACUGGUCAUUUACUCCUCCAUGACUAUGCCUAAUCCCCCUUUAAAGCAAAUGGAGACCGUGUACCAUCACCAUAACUUAUAUUUCCUUCAGGGAUCUCAAGUUCUUAGCCUGACACUUUAACCACUACAUGACACUGGUUUCCUUAUGGAGCAGAAUGCAAUAAUUUUUGCUGGGGCUUUGCACCACAUCAGACCAAAUCUGAGAUCCCAAAUAGAGCCAAUUUGGAUAGACUCGGGAUUCGGCUGGAUAAGGUUGAAGCAGCCCUGCAUCAACCUCGCUCAGUUUGAGUCCAUUUGGAGUGAACUGGGGCUGCCAAAUAGGGGGUGGCCUCAUGGUAGGUGAGGAGAAUGAGAUAUAUCUCCUUUCCUUCUCCCAACUGCAUGUUUAACCAGGGUUUAAAACUCUGGUUAAACAUACAGUCUGGAGGUGGGUGGAAGGGAAGGCAUGUCUCCUUCUCCUUACCCCUUCCAACCCCAUGACUUUGCAAGGCUUGGUUUGGGGCUUGGAUCCAUAUCAAGCUUGCCCCAGAUUACCCCAGGUCAGAUCAGGCCCUGAAUAUGAUUUGAAUUUGUGCAUGUGUGUGUUAGGUAAAGGUAAAGGGACCCCUGACCAUUAGGUCCAGUCGCAGAUGACUGGGGUUGCGGCACUCAUCUCGUUUUAUUGGCCGAGGAGGCCGGAUUAUAAUUUCCAGGUCAUGUGGCCAGCAUGACUAAGCCACUUCUGGCAAACCAGAGCAGCACACAGAAACGCCGUUUACCUUCCCGCUGGAGCGGUACCUAUUUAUUUACUUGCACUUUGACGUGCUUUUGAACUGCUAGGUUGGCAGGAGAGGGACCGAGCAACGGGAGCUCACCCUGCCGCGGGGAUUCGAACCGGCGACCUUCUAAUUGGCAAGCCCUAGGAUCUGUGGUUUAACCCACAGCGCCACCUGCGUCCCAAUGCAUGUGUAUAUUAUGUCCUUCCAAAUGUCUGUUCUGAAUUUAGUGGUACUGGAUGACACACUGGGGUGAUAGAUAAAAAUGGAUGCACGUAACGGGUUAAAAUAACACACAGGCCCUUCUGCUUUUUUCUCCCACCCCAACCGUGUUGUGAUCCGUAAGAAAUCACCCUGAACAUUUGCUUCUUUCUUCUCUGCCUGUGAAGCCAAUUGCUUUGAUUGCAGCGAUACGAGAUUGCCAGGAUGACUUGCCCUUGCUUGCGAAGCAAAUGGAACAUGCUAAUAGAACUUAUCACAUUACCCGAUGCAGAAGUGCCAUAGCUCAUUACUUUAAGAUAAAGGGAUAUCAUUGCGGACGGGAAGCAGGAUUGACUUUCGGAGGCCCGACUUGAUGAUGAUUUAAUCAACUGCUCUCUUUCACUUCUCAUCUCUGCGCCUGUCGGUUUCGCAGGUGCCGUUAAAUGA